AAAUCACACGAUGCGCGCAUGUGAGUGCAUUUCAGGCCCCCAACGCCCCCUCAUCAACGCGCAUCGUUAUAUUGAAUUCGACCGCCCCCGGGUGGCCUUAACGCGGGAUGUCUGCUUUUCUUGCAAGACUCUGCCACCUUUUCUCCCUCUCGUACUGUAGCAGCGUCGAAUCGCGUGCCACCCACUGCAUUCUGUUGAGGGUGCAGACAUUAUACGCUGUUCGCGCGAGCGGUCACGUUCCAGGCAUGCGGCAGUGUCAUGGUAGUAUCGCCGUGGACAAACGAGCCAUCGAGCUUGUGUCGAGUACGAUGGACUCUGGGCUUCUGUGUGCUUAUGACGCCGCUUGCAUUCUUGUCGUGGAGUGAGAAUGAGAUAGGCAGAGCCACUUCACCUGCACGGUGGCAUGGUCCAAAUACUAUCCCUCGGGGCGAACAGGCCUUUCAGAGAAGAUGGAUCUA